UAAAUCUCAAAAUGGUAAUGCCUUCAAAGCAACGUGAAGACAUGAAUCAGGCUAUAGUCGAUUAUUUAGAAUCUCAUGGUUAUAAUCAAACUGCUUCAGUUUUUAGGCAGGAGGCUAAUGUUGAUGAGAAUGCUGAUCCCGCACGUAAAGCACAAUCAGCUGGAUUGCUUGAAAAGAAGUGGACACUUACUAUUCGCCUUCAACAAAAAAUUUUGAAUUUGGAAGAAAAAUUGAAGCAAGUGGAAAAAGAGGCCGUUUAUGGAGGAAGUACUAUAUCGAGAGAUAAUCGAAGAGUUCAGGAGGAUUGGAUUCCUCGCCCUCCUGAAAGAUAUCAACUUACUGGUCAUCGAUUGCCUGUUACUAAAGUGAUUUUCCACCCACUUUUUAAUCUUGUUGCUUCUUCUAGUGAGGAUUGCACUAUAAAGGUUUGGGACUUUGAAAGUGGCGAAUUUGAAAGAACACUAAAAGGGCAUACAGAUACUGUUCAGGAUAUUGUUUUCAACUCAUCUGGAAAAUUGCUCGCUUCAUGUUCUGCUGAUAUGAGUAUUAAAAUAUGGGACUUUGUCACUACUUAUGAAUGCUUAAAAACGUUGAAAGGACAUGAACACAAUAUUUCUUCUAUAGCAUUUCUUCCAAACAGCGAUUUUAUCCUUUCCGGUUCACGUGACAAAUUAAUAAAACUUUGGGAUGUUACAAAUGGUUAUUGCGUCCAGAAUUUUUCAAAACACGCAGAAUGGGUUCGUGUUGUUCUUGUGAAUGAAGAAGGGACUUAUUUUGCAUCUUGCAGUAGUGAUAAGUCAAUUAUUGUUUGGUGUCUUGCAACAAAGACACCUAAAGCUACUUUAAUUGGACAUGAACAUGUUGUUGAGGCACUCCAUUGGGUUCCAGAAAAGAAUUGCGGGCAGAUCCUUUCUUCUGAACAGUCUACUAUGCAAGGAGUAAAUGGAAAAUCUGAACAAACAGUUUUAUUGCUCAUUUCUGCUUCUCGUGAUCGUUCAAUUAAAUUUUGGGAUGUUUUUGCUGGAACUUGUCUUUUUUCAUUAAUUGGACACGAUAAUUGGGUUACUGGAAUUAAAUUACAUCCAAACGGGAAACUUGUUGUUUCUGUUAGUGAUGAUAAAACUAUUCGUGUUUGGUCAAUAGAACAUCGACGCUGUAUUAAAACUAUACAACAGGCGCAUGAACAAUUUAUUACUUCAGUUGAUUUCCAUCAAAAACUACCGUUUGUGGUGACUUCUAGUGUUGAUACAACUGUCAAAGUUUGGGAAUGUCGUUAA